AUGCACGAUCCCGUUUUGUCGUUUUCCUUCAUUCUUCUCUUCAUCAUUUUCAUAGCAUCCAUUAUUUCUCUCCGUAAAACACUUUUCAAAAACCCAAAACCCAUCUUGACCCGAUUCCCGGAAACACCCGACCCGACUCUUCUCUCGCUAACUGAUUCUCAAAUCCAUCAACCCGGCGAAGAUGAAUCGACUCCGAAUGAGACGGCGCCUUUAGGUACGGUACAAUCGACUGCAUUUUCCGAUGAUGACUCGAAUCAGUGUGAAUUGAAGAAGAAAAAGAAGAGGAAGACAAAGAAGAAGAAGAUAAUAUGUUCCGGGAUUGAAGAUGACGACGACAAGAGGAGUGAUGGCGUGGAGAGAGAAAGUUCGGGUUCUGAUACCCGACCCGAUUCAGGGCGUUUGAACCCGUUUACUUCUUCGAGUAGUGUUAUGCAGAAGAAAAUCAAACCGCAGUAUGAUGAGCUAGUUAAAUGCAACGACUCCAAGAAAUUGACACUCUCACAGGUUGUACAGUUUGCAAAUAGUUUGGUUGCUGCUAGGAGUGAGCUGCAACACAAGGCUGAUGUGACACAACGCAAGUUUGUGAUAACAAAGGCUUUACUAUGCAAAGCAGACAGGUCUUCUAUCAACCGACUUCGACAACAGAUAUACAAGCUUGAAUUAGAGCAAAAACGAUUAGAAGAGGAUGCGUUUGUUUAUAAUUGGCUUCAACAACAGCUUAAACUCUCACCAGCAUACAACAAGAUGCUUGAAAUUGGAGUCUCCAUGGAGAAGGAGAAAUCCUGUAAGAUGGGAGAGAGAAGAGAAGAUGAAUUUUCUGACAUUUCUUUUGAAGAAUUAUUAGCACAAGAAAAGAAGGAUUCAUUUUGGCAAAGAAAUGGGAAAUCAAAAUAA